GCAGAGCGGGCGCAUUCAAAGUCGUGGGAAGAAGCGCGGAGACGUCGACUAGCUGCUGGCGGGACUGGGCGUGUUCGUGUGUCAAGCUGUCAAGAGAGACAUGGCAACCUUCGUGCUCGGCUACUGGGACAUUCGAGGCCUCGGCCAGCCCAUCCGCUAUUUGCUGGCCCACGCCGGAGUCCCCUACGAGGACAAGAGGUAUGGCUUCGGCGACGGCCCGGAACCCAGCCGGGACGAGUGGCUGGCGGUGAAGUACAAGCUGGACCUGGACUUCCCCAACCUGCCGUACAUCAUCGAUGGCGACGUGCGGAUGACUCAAAGCCAGGCCAUCCUGCGCUACCUGGGACGCAAGCACGGCCUAGCAUCGAAGGACGAGGAAACAGUGCGCAGGGUUGAAAUGCUCGAGCACCAGGCCUCCGAUAUCUUGUGGGCUGCAGUGCGCGUCUGCUACAGUCCCGACUAUACUGAGGAGAAGCGAGUCCAAUUCCUGGUCGACAUCGCGGACAAGCUGCGCCAGGUCGACACCUACCUGGCCAAGCACGGGCCAUUCGGCGCAGGGAAGAGCGUCACAUACGUCGACUUUCUCCUCUACGAGGCUCUCCAGGUGGUCAAGACCAUGGGCCCAAGCACCUUCCGCAAGGGCUUCCCUGCCCUCGAGGAGUACUGUCAGCGCGUCGCUGCUCUGCCGGGACUCAAGGAGUACCUGGCGUCUGACCGCUUCAAGUCCUGGCCCUUCUGGAGUCCCUACGCCAAGGCUCUUGCGGCGCAGAACAAGCCUCCCGCCGACGACUGCUGAGCGAUUCAGUCGAGCGAUCGGAUGUCAUUUCUUUCUUUCUCUCUUUCCUUUUUUUUUUUUUCUGGCUGCGGGCUGCCUUCUUUGAAUUGUGAUGCUCUGCCUUUUGCGUUUGCUGUUUAAAAUAAAGCAUUCGUGCUUUUCUCAACCUGG